AACUCUCUUCACUCCUUUCUUCCACUCUUCUUUCUAUCUUUUCUAAAGCUAUCCCAAUACCCCCUCUCGCUCAAAGAAUCACGAACCUGCUAUUCUAUCCCCUUCGCAUUCUUCUCAAUGCCAGCACAAAAACGGGUUUAUAAUAGCAAAUCUGCCACGAAGGCUCGAGAGGCAAUUCCCAAGCCAUCUGGCGUCAGGCGCCGCCAGAGACCCAAGCCGAAGAAGAAGUACAUACCCCACGCAGCUUCUCUCUGUGCUGCAGCAGCCAGACUAGACCAGAUUAACGCCGCUCGCGUUAGGACGAGGGCCGUAGUAAUCGAUGUCUCAAGCGAUAGUGACUCUGGCAGCGAAAGUCUGCGAGAGCUAUCUGGGGAGUGUUCAAGAGAGCCGAAUGUACACCAAACUUCACAGCCAUCUCCUUUCCGCGAACAACACUCAGAGUCACCGCACCCAGCCCCGCUACCAGGACUUGCGGAAGGACUCGAUCAGGCGCGCUCCCAGGAUUCCUGCUCGACUCCACAGCAUCCUAGACCGGCCACAUCUCAGCGUACCAGCGAUCGAGCUUCGCCGCUUGGCGUCCCAACGUUCUGCCGCAACAGUCUAACCCAAAGACUCCCUGUCUCACUGCAUGAAUAUCAGACACCGCUUUAUCCAGAACGCACGCCAGAUACUUCUACCAAAAUAGCUCGACGUGACGAGCACCCCCCUCAGAUUUCGUCCCCCGCCUUUCCCCGCUCACCCCCGCGGUUAGCAGGUAAAGGCGAAUUCUACCAUGGUUCCAAGGGCAUAGCAAACUUACCUAUCGACGAGCGAUCAGUCCAGCAUUGUAACCUCAAACGCCGCCGUCGCAGAUACAUCGUCGAGUCAAGCGAGUCCGAAGAAGAUUCCUGCUCUUACAUUAGCGCAGCAGAUGACGGUCGUUCAGACUUCAUGACACCUAGAUGCAAGAAGCGCAACGACAAAAGCAAGAACGCUCCUCGCAGUCUACCUAAUAGGCCAGGCAGAGAAGCAAUAAAGCUGGACACUAAAGAGACGCCCAAAACUAAAGCUCCUAAGCGCAAUUCUGCUCAAGCACGCUACGGGAAAUCUAGGGUUCGUGACCUGAAGGACUUCGUCGAGCGAUUGAGCAAGGAAGAACUACACGCAUUAUCGGACGAGACCUUCAGCGAUACAGACGUGAGUGCCAGUGAGAGCGAAGACGAUGACUGCCUAGACAUAGAUCUGGAUGACGAAGACCUCGACUUGGGCAUUCGUCCGGAGCGCUUUCGAAGAAGCGCGAGCCCGCCAACACGCUUCCGGAAAAGCAUGGAGCGGGGGAUGGCUGACUUGGGUAUUGCAAUGCAUGGAUGGUCAGAGACUGAGGCAGAAGGCAGGGCAGCACGAGGCCACCCGGCAAGGACAAAACAACCACAAUGCCAAUCACGCUCCAUCCUUUCCGACUACUUGAGUGACGGAGGAGACCACAUAUACCCGGAUGACCACGUCUUUGACCUCCCCUCUCGCCGUUAUCGAAGCCCAACGGAUCCCAUCUUCUUCAAGAGUGGAGGGCUAGGCGGGUUUCCUACCAGUUCUUCCUUCUCGGGUGCGACAGCGAGCAGUUUCACGGCAAAUGAUACCUCAUACACUUCCGCUGGUACCGCAUACCGCCCCAUGCCACUUCACCAAAAGGAGAGCUGCCUGCGCUCGAAGCAGCAUGAUUCCUUCUACAUGAGAUUUGAUCCUAAGGUACACAAGCAACACAGGGACCCGGACUACGUCGACAAGGAAUUUGCGCGUCUACGAAACAUCCCCCGUCUAACGGUAGAGCAGUCACAACAGGAGAUAGCGCGUGACUUAAGAGCGAAGAGUCGAGGAAAGUGCAAGCAAUAUGCCUGAGUAAGAGCAGAGCAAGAGGGCAUCGACCAGGCAUUCUAGCGCAGGGCGAACUAGGACUCCAUUCCUAUCUUAGACGUACUUAUUUUUUUCCAUCUAUUUCUAUCUCUCCUAUCUCAAGUUUUGGAUUACUUCUAUGCUAGUACCAGGAAGCAUCAGUCUGCGGAGCUUCUUUUUUG